ACUAAGCAUUCAGUGGUCACUCAAUUCAAUGUCUAUUGUCUGGACUCGGAGUACAAGACUUUCGGUAGAGUGGAGAUCAAAGUUGACCAUGGUCAGGGUUACCAUGAUUUUAUCAAAUUCAAGACACUCACCGAUCAAAUGGAUAAAUACCUGCCCAACGAUAGCUAUGUCUUGGGAACAGCUAUAAUAACAAAGAUCUCAGCGAUUGUCGAUUCAUUGUCCAAAAAAAAAGAAGAGUUCUUCGCCUCGAAAGCGGUUCUCAGCUCUCAAUCAGAAGUCUUUCAGCAGAUGUUUACGGAUGACAUGAAAGAGAAGAAGACUUCGGAAGUGAUUAUCGAUGACAUCGAACCGGAAGUGUUCAAAGAGUUUCUGAAAUUAAUUUAUUUCGGGACU